AUGUCUGAUUUCUCCUUUCUCUCAUCUGAUUCUGAAUCUGAAGAAUCUCAAAUUCAGCCAAGAAAAUCAGUGAGACUUGAGAAUCUGGAUUCAGUUCGAGAAUAUCAUGGCCGACAAAUGCUCGAAAUGUCAACUUUAUCGAUUGAUUCGAGAGCAGAUGGCAGCAGGAAAAUCGAUUUUCAUUUUCCCAAAACACAAGACGAGUUGGAGAUUGUGAGUUUUGAAAUUUUCUACGGGGUGAAAAUUUGCCACGUGGCACAAUCAAAAAUGUUUAAUUUUUUUGCAGACCACCUUCAAAAUCGCCGCAAAUUCCUCCCUCAAACGAAAACUGAAUUUCAUCAAUCCAGAAUGGUUUUCAAUGUCAGAUUGUCUUCGAACAAUUCAAGAAAUCGACCAAAUUUGGUUGAUUCAAAGAAAACGAAUACUUUUAAAUGUCAAAAACAACAAUUAUUUGACAUUUUUGCCAUAUUUCUAUGCUGCUAAUUAUUUAAUUAUUAAUUAUGAUAAUAAUGAUUGUGAGGAGGAAACAAUGAAAUUAUCAAAGAUUUUGGAUGAAAUGCCAAAUUUGGAAAACUUGGUUUUGAAUGGGGCAAAAACUGAAUGUGACGAUGAAGAUUUGAAAAGAUUUUCGAAAAUGGCAAGAAAUGUUCGAAGUUUUUCAUUGGAUUUGAGCGAAAAUUCGACUGUUUCACAUAAAGGAUUGGUCUCUUUCAUAGAGGUUUGUUAAUUUUUCCGCGCAGCCGCUGACGCGCAACCUCGCCCCACUCAAGACCUAAUCAAUAUUCAUAUUUUUGCAGUCAACUAACUUCGGCGAUUCUGCUCGUGUUCAUAUUUUUGGCUUUCCAACAACCAAAAAAUCAAUGAUUUCUGCUUUUCUCGAUGCAAAAAAUAUCGAAAACUUUGUUUUUGUCAAAAAAGAAGUGAGAAUUCAAAGAAGGGAUGGAUAUUUUGUAACUCUUCAAUUUGAUGAUAUUGUACGAAAUUUGUGA